GUCGCCUGUGAUUAUAAAUUUCCAUUUUCGAUUUACGAAUCCCUACUUUGUUCUCGUUCCCAUCAGAUGUUAUAUUUGAUUUUGUUUCUUUUUAAAAUAUUAAAAAAUUAAUAUUAGAAGAAACAAAUUUAAAAAGGAACAUUGAAAGUGAAUCGAAGCGGCAGCGUGAAAAAAGAUUCGAAGCAGCAGCCACAACAACAAUAGCCGGAAAAUAAAGGCAGCAGCGACAGCAACAUGUUAAAACGUUUACAAAUCAUAAAGCCGGUCAUCGGCCAGAGCAUGCGUCAAAAGCUUUCAUCGUAUGCCAAACAACCAGGUUCCAGUGCACAAGAUAUGCGUCCUGCCGCCCAGGGCAAAAUCAAAUUAGAAUCUCCCACUGUUAUUUCACAAGUUGAACGAAAAUUCCACGAGGGCAAGCAAUACAAUGGAUUUGAAUGUAUUCGCUGUGAAAAUGUGCCCGAAUUCGGUAUAAUGUCGUAUACAUUCCGUCAUCUGGGUACGGGAACUGAAUUAUGGUAUUUGGAUCGUAAGGAUAGUAAUAAUGUGUUUUCGGUGAAUUUCCGUACCACACCCUUUGACUCCACUGGCUUACCUCACAUUUUGGAACAUUGUGUACUGUGUGGUUCACAAAAGUACCCUGUACGCGAUCCAUUCUUUAAAAUGUUAAAUCGUUCCGUGGCCACAUUUAUGAAUGCCAUGACUGGACCCGACUAUACAAUGUACCCAUUCUCAUCGAUGAAUGAAACCGAUUAUAGGAAUUUGCAGAAAAUCUAUUUGGAUGCUGUUUUUAGGCCCAAUUUGGAAUAUUUGGACUUUUUGCAAGAAGGUUGGCGUUUGGAACAUUCCAAUUUGAAAGAUAAAGAAUCCGAAUAUGUCAUUAAGGGUGUGGUGUAUAACGAAAUGAAAGGAGCCUUCUCGGAAAAUUCAUCAAUCUUUGGACAAAAUCUACUCAACAAUCUCUUACCCGAUCAUACAUAUGGUUACGUGUCCGGCGGUAAUCCCUUAGAAAUCCCAAAAUUGAGUCAUGCAAAUCUUGUCGAUUUCCAUCGUAAAUAUUAUCAUCCCAGUAAUGCACGUAUCUAUGCCUAUGGUUCCUUUGAUUUAAACAAAUCUCUGGCCUGUGUUAACGAGGAAUAUUUAAGCAAAUAUGAACACAUUGAUAACACCUACAGUCGCAUUCCCAAUCAACCAAGAUGGAAUAAGCCCCGUAAUGUACACAUAUCGAGUCGUUUCGAUAACAUGGGUGCACCAUUCGAGAAACAAAACCAAAUUGCUAUUGCUCUGUUAAUGUCGGAUGUGACAGAUAUUCACGAGACAUUUGUCCUCUAUGUCUUGUCAGAGUUAUUGGUGCGAGGACCCAAUUCACCAUUCUAUCGUAAUUUGAUCGAGCCAAACUUUUCUGGUGGUUACAAUCAAACUACCGGUUUUGAUCCACAAAUCAAGGAUACCUUCUUCUGUGUGGGUUUGCAAGAUUUGAAGGUGGAUGAUUUUGGCCGAGUACAGGAAUUGUUUGAUGCCACCGUAAAGGAGGUCAUAGAAAAGGGCUUUGAUGCCAAACACAUUGAAAGUGUUCUACACAAUAUUGAGUUAUCAUUGAAACAUCAAUCACCUCAAUUUGGUUUGGGUUUGUUGUUCAACUCAACUCCCCUGUGGAAUCAUGAAGGUGAUGUGGUACAAAAUUUAAGAGUAUCCAGCAUGAUAAGCAAUUUCCGUGCACAAUUACAAAAUGAUCCACAAUAUUUGCAAAAGAAAAUGGCCCAUUACUUUGCCAACAAUACCCACAGACUUACCUUGACCAUGUCUCCCGAUGACACCUAUGAGGAUAACUUCAAGACAGCUGAAUUGGAAUUGCUGCAAAAGAAAAUUGUAGCCUUAGACCAUGAGAAGAGAACAAAAAUCUAUGAAAAUGGCUUAAAAUUGGAGGAAGCCCAGAAGGCACCACCAAAUUUGGAUAUUUUACCUUGUCUGAAGUUGAGCGAUGUCCAAGAGGCACCAAAACUACAGCCUCUGGAUGUGGUCAAAGUACAAAAUGUACCCACGCAAGUUUGCAAUGUUCAUACCAAUGAAAUAUCCUACUUUAAGUGUUACUUUGAUGGCUCAACCUUGACCCAAGAAGAGAUUUUGUUAAUCCCCCUCUUCUGUAAUAUAAUCAACGAUAUGGGUACUAAGAAUUAUGACUACAGAGAUUUCGAUAAAUUGGUGCUUUCCAAGACAGCUGGCAUCAAUUUCAAAUUACAUUUUGCUGAAAAUAUCUAUGACAGUAAGACCUUUGAUUUGGGUGUACUCAUGACCACACAUGCCUUAGAUAAAAAUGUGGACUCCAUGUUCGAUUUGAGCAAAGAACUUUUAUUGAAUUUCAAAAUGGAUGAUGCUGAACGUGUUAAAAUGUUGUUGGAUAAUUACAUGUCAAAUAUUUCCGUGGGCAUUGCCAGUUCGGGUCACCUUUAUGCCAUGCAAUCAUGUGCCGGCCUAGUUACAGAUUCAGCUAAAUUAAAAUCCAUGUUAGCUGGUGUGGAACACAUUGAAUAUAUGAAACAAUUUGCCCAUGACAAUAGAAUUGAACAAAUUAUGACCAAAUUAAAGAAUUUGGGAGAGAAAUUAUUCAAUAAGAAAGCCAUGCGUAAUGCUGUCAACACAUCUGAGGAGUUCUAUCCCAGUUUUAUUAAAUCCUACGAAAAAUUCUUGGGAGAUUUGCCUGAACAGCCGGUUGAAAAAAUGGAAAACAAAGUUAAUCUCUUGGAGCCAAGUUGUCAACAUUUUGUUAUGAAUAUUCCAGUUAAUUAUUGUGCCAAGGCCUUAUUCACCGUACCCUAUACCCACAGAGAUCAUCCAACAUUGAAGGUGUUGGCCAAACUGAUAUCAGCCAAAUAUCUAUUGCCGGUGGUGAGAGAACAAAAUGGUGCUUAUGGCGCUGGCGCCAAAAUUGGUUCAGAUGGUAUCUUCAGUUUCUUUAGUUACCGUGACCCAAAUUCCACCAAAACACUGGAAGCCUUUGACAAUACAUAUCAAUGGCUGCAGGAAAACAAUUCGUUGCUGAAUGAGCAAACAUUAUUCGAGGCCAAAUUAGGUGUUCUACAGCAACUGGAUGCCCCCAUUGCUCCCGGAAAUCAGGGUAUUGAUUUCUUUUUGUACGGUGUUAGUCAAGAAAUGUUCCUUAAAUAUAGAGCGCGUAUGCUUUCCGUUACAAUGACUGAGCUGCAGCAAGCUGUUGAGAAGUACUUCAAAGCACCACCCACAUAUUAUGGCAAAUGUUUAUUGGGUCCCGAAAACAAAGAUUUGGAAGCUGUUACCAAACUCAAAUGGAAGGUUAUAAACUAAAGCAACACACACUUACAUAUAAUUUUAGUGUAGGGCAUUAUGUGUGUGUGUGUCUUUUUCGUUAAUAUGAAAAAAUGCAGAGGAUUUCGUUUAUAAGGAAAGAAGAGACUGAUGGAAUGUCAAAUGCAAUUUAAUUAUAAUCGAGAUAUGAACGAAUUUCUUUGUGUUUUUUUAAUGUGUGUAUUUGUGUGAGAGAAUUACAAGAUUUCUUAGUAUAAGCAUUUUUUACAAAGAAAAUUUAUUUUAUUUGAGUAAACAAAUUUUUUUUAUUAGUUACUAAUAUUUCCCUACAUACAACGAAGAUCAAACUAAACAGAAAAUUAAUCAACACAUAAUUUCGAUAAUUCAUAUUAAAUUCUUUUUCUUAUCGACAUUUUGAACUUUCCUUAUAAAUAUAUUCAAUGUUUUGCUCAAUUUUCAAAUAUUCUCCCCACACACCGACACACUUAGGAUAUAUUUAGUCUACGAAAUAUUUAAUUUGUUAAUACGUUUAUACAUUUGUCAUCUUGUCUUUGUCUACUUUUUUUCGAUACAUUAACAAAACAUGGAAAAUAUUUCAAUGAAAAUAUCUGCACUUGUUGCCAAUUUUAAAUAAUAAAAUUGCACCCCGUAAUUCACCAAAUCACAUUUGAAAUGAGAGAAAAAAAGGAAACAAGAAAACUUUAAA